AUGUUGGAUGCUGCUCUCACUCGCCUUCGCCUGGGUCACACAAUACUCACCGCUUGUGCAUUGUCCUCUUCUAUCACCACCUUCAACCUACCCAACCUGCUGGCGGCGGCAGGCGUCUACCCCCUUACUAUGCCUCUCCAAGUGUAUGCCAUUGAGGUUGACAUCAGAGAAACAAUGAGUGACCUCUUGGCUCAUGCUGGAGAAGCUUUAACUCUUGACUUGACCAACCACAGAGUGACUGUCCUUGGAGAUAGGCAGAUGGAUUCUCAGGACACCUUACAAGAUCAGUGUGGCACCAGGACUGGCCAUGUACAGGUUCAGUUUGUUAUUAGAUCUGAUGAAGAAGGUGGAGUGUUGGACAUUGUAGAUGUCCUCAAGUCUAGUGAAGAAGAGGUUAAUGAAGAGGAAGUUGCCAAAGAGGAUGCCCCGCCAGAGAGAUCAAAGCCAACACGAUGGGUGGUGUCAACAGAAUUUCGAGGAAUACAGAAGGCUCUUAAAAUGCCUCGAGACCCAAGGCAGUGGACAGCAGCCCAUGUACGUGUGUGGCUGGCAUGGGCAAGGCAACAUUUUCCUGAGGUAGCUCCACACCAUCACCAUCAUGGUAACCUUGAUGGGGCUCAGAUGAUGACACUCACUCCAUCGCAGCUGCUGCAACAUCGUGUUCUGCUGACCCAUGCUGGUGACAGACCUGGUGACAGUCUCUUUGUGACCCAUCGUGACUUGCUCAAGCAGACAGGUGCUGCUGGCCACAUCAAGAUCAGAGAAAAUUCAGAGAUCAUCUCUAACAUCAGCAACAGGAGUAACUGCAUCAGUACCACAACCAAUACAAUUAUGGCAGUUCCUUUUGGAACUUUUGACAGAGCCCAAGCUGGUGAAGGUCAUCUCAUGGUGGGGUACUACUACGAAGGAGACAUGAUUGCCAAAGUAGCAGGAAAGAAGUUUGUUUACCGUUUUGUGUUGGACCUCAAGGUAGUUGUUGGUUAUAGUGCUGCAGAACUUAAAGCACAGGUAGAAAAAUGUGCUCAGAAUGGGUAG